GUGGCGAGCCUGAGGGAGGGGUCGUCCUGCGGGUGGCUGGAGGCUGGGGCUGCGGUGGAGCCUAGGGUGAGAGAGAGUGUGAGGGAGCGAAAGGUGAGCCGGGCUGCAGGAGGGGACGCGCUGCCGGGCGCCCCCAGUCUAUGGAUCGCGGUAAGAUGGCGGAGGCGGAGAGCCUGGAGACAGCCGCGGAGCACGAGCGGAUCCUGCGAGAGAUCGAGAGCACAGACACGGCCUGCAUCGGGCCCACGCUCAGGUCUGUCUACGAUGGUGAGGAACAUGGGCGGUUCAUGGAGAAACUUGAAACUCGCAUCCGCAAUCAUGACCGAGAAAUCGAGAAAAUGUGCAACUUUCAUUACCAGGGCUUUGUGGACUCCAUAACCGAACUGCUGAAAGUGAGAGGAGAAGCCCAAAAACUCAAAAACCAAGUGACGGAUACUAAUAGAAAACUACAACAUGAAGGAAAGGAACUGGUAAUAGCAAUGGAAGAGCUGAAGCAGUGUCGACUACAACAGAGAAAUAUUUCUGCCACUGUUGAUAAAUUAAUGCUGUGUCUUCCAGUCCUAGAGAUGUACAGCAAACUGAGGGACCAGAUGAAAACUAAAAGGCAUUAUCCUGCGCUGAAAACGCUGGAACAUCUAGAACAUACCUAUCUGCCUCAAGUAAGCCACUAUCGAUUUUGCAAGGUGAUGGUGGACAACAUCCCUAAGCUUCGAGAAGAAAUAAAGGAUGUUUCUAUGUCUGAUCUCAAAGACUUUCUGGAGAGCAUCCGCAAACAUUCAGACAAAAUUGGAGAGACUGCCAUGAAGCAAGCCCAACAACAAAGAAACCUGGAUAACAUCGUCUUGCAACACCCCAGAAUAGGUAGCAAGAGAAAAUCUAAGAAAGAUGCAUACACAGUCUUUGAUACAGAGAUAGAAAGCACUAGUCCCAAGUCUGAACAGGAUUCUGGAAUUCUGGAUGUUGAAGAUGAGGAAGAUGAUGAAGAGGUACCUGGGGCCCAAGAUUUGGUGGAUUUUUCUCCUGUUUAUCGAUGUCUACACAUAUAUUCAGUUCUGGGUGCCCGGGAAACAUUUGAGAACUACUACCGAAAGCAGAGGCGAAAACAGGCUCGUUUGGUUCUCCAGCCUCCAUCCAACAUGCAUGAAACUUUAGACGGAUACAGGAAGUAUUUCAAUCAAAUUGUAGGCUUUUUUGUGGUUGAAGAUCACAUUUUACAUACAACCCAGGGCUUGGUAAAUAGAGCCUACAUUGAUGAACUGUGGGAAAUGGCACUUUCAAAAACCAUCGCAGCACUCCGUACCCACUCGUCUUACUGCUCUGAUCCAAACCUUGUAUUAGAUUUGAAGAACCUCAUUGUGCUUUUUGCUGACACACUUCAGGUGUAUGGUUUUCCUGUGAAUCAGCUUUUUGACAUGCUAUUAGAAAUUAGAGACCAGUAUAGUGAAACUCUGCUAAAGAAAUGGGCAGGAAUUUUCAGAAACAUACUUGAUUCUGACAACUAUAGUCCCAUACCAGUAACAAGUGAAGAAAUGUAUAAAAAGGUGGUAGGACAAUUCCCAUUCCAAGACCUCGAGCUGGAAAAACAACCAUUUCCAAAAAAGUUUCCUUUCUCUGAAUUUGUGCCAAAAGUUUACAACCAAAUUAAAGAAUUUAUCUACGCCUGUUUGAAGUUUUCAGAAGAUCUUCAUCUAAGCUCAACUGAAGUCGAUGACAUGAUUAGAAAAUCUACAAACCUAUUGCUAACCAGGACUCUGAGCAACUCUCUGCAGAAUGUCAUUAAAAGGAAGAAUAUUGGGCUUACUGAGCUUGUCCAGAUUAUUAUCAAUACAACACACCUGGAGAAAUCCUGUAAAUACUUGGAAGAAUUCAUCACCAAUAUCACAAAUGUGCUUCCAGAGACAGUGCACACCACCAAGCUCUAUGGUACAACAACUUUUAAGGAUGCUAGGCAUGCAGCUGAAGAAGAGAUUUAUACCAACUUAAACCAGAAGAUUGACCAGUUUCUACAGCUUGCAGACUAUGACUGGAUGACAGGAGAUUUGGGCAACAAAGCUAGUGAUUACCUAGUGGACCUCAUUGCCUUUCUGCGUAGCACCUUUGCUGUAUUUACACACCUUCCUGGGAAGGUGGCCCAAACAGCAUGUAUGUCAGCUUGCAAACAUUUAGCCACUUCCUUGAUGCAACUUUUGCUGGAAGCUGAAGUAAGGCAGCUCACCUUGGGAGCAUUGCAGCAGUUCAACUUGGAUGUCAGAGAAUGUGAACAGUUUGCCAGAUCCGGCCCGGUGCCUGGGUUCCAGGAGGACACGCUGCAGUUGGCCUUCAUCGACUUGAGACAACUCUUGGAUCUCUUCAUCCAGUGGGAUUGGUCAACCUACCUUGCUGACUAUGGUCAACCCAACUGCAAGUACCUCCGGGUAAACCCAGUGACAGCUCUGACCCUGCUGGAGAAGAUAUCUAGAGAGAUGAAGGACACUAGUCGCAAGAACAACAUGUUUGCACAGUUUCGGAAAAAUGAGCGGGACAAGCAGAAAUUGAUCGACACUGUGGCCAAGCAGCUCCGAGGACUCAUCAGCAGCCACCACUCAUGAAGGCUGGCCUGGGUGUCCAGAGGCUGCUGCUGCAGCCCCAUAGCCUGGGGUUCGGCCCUGGCUGGCCCUGCAUCUGCGCAUUCUUCUUCAAAGAGAGCAUAUGUAUUUUUGUAUUAACCCUGUACAGUAUUCACAUAACCUUUCCCUAUAGUGAAAGAGGCACAAGAAUAAUCACGUGCAUGAAACGUUGCCAGGCUGGGACUCAGGAGAAGGUGCUACCACACUAGCUACGUUAUCCUAGAGCUGGUGGUAUUGUCAAUCCCACUGGUUUGAACCUCUCAUCCAUGGCUCUAGAUCUUGGUCUGGGACUCAGAACAAAGUGGGUGCUUGGCAGCGGGGGGGUAAAGUGAGUAAGGAUGUGAGCAAGGGAAAGGAUGUCCUGUUCACUCUUGUGCACCCCAUUCACCACAUAGAUGAGGCUGAUUCUUCUUGGCACAAGGAAAGAGCCCCGCAGAUGUUGCUGUGUAGUACCUCAAACAGCUUCAUUCCAGAUCCCCAAGGAUGGCAGUUUCUUAACUGAGAUCUGACCCUCAGCUUUUACUGCUAUUUUCUUGGGGCAAGACAGAGUUGAAUAGGCAGUCGUAACAACUGGACCCAAUGAUGAACUACAGGUUGCUCCCACACUAGGAGUGUUGAGUCUCAGCAGAGGAGUUUUCUGGACCUUGAAAGCCAGUCUGAAUGGAAUCAGAGUCCCAGUCCCUUUUCCAUUCAUCUCAUUUUCUUGCUUCACAGUCAGAGCACUUGGUUCAGGGCUUCCGUCGACAGUUAUUUCUGCAGGUCCUCAUAGAGCCUCGGACUUUGGCUCCUCCUACAAUGUCAUUGAGAGAGGUUAGAUCUCAGAAUUCUGAAUAUGGCCUUUACUUGGUCCUUAGGUAAAAACUGAGGGUUACUUGGCAUUGUUCCUUCUUGUUUGCAAACCAGCUUUCUGAUCUCCAUCAUUAAGGGAAACGUCACCAGCUUUGGCCUGUGGGGGCAACCAUAGCUAGACUGAAGACCACUCAGGAUGGAGCCACAGUCACCAUGAAGUAGACAGGGCCAACCAUGCCUAGUGGCUUAUUGCCUCUGGCCUGUCUGUCCCUCACUAAUUUAUGCCCUGCAUGUGAAGUUCUUCUUGCCCAAGCCCAAGGCUGCAUCCUCCUUAGAAAUCUUCAAAACCAUCUUUCAGCCUCAGUUGAGAAAGAUUAUAUGUAAUCCUGUCCCCAAACUCUAGAACCAGGGCCAGCUUAGCUGGGCGGCUGGUUCCUUCAUCCCAGCUGAGCUUCUGAGGCAUACUGCAAGGGCUUUGCUGUGAGGUCAGUCAGAGGAGCCUGCACUUUAAGGUACUUCAGGAAGAUGCUCCUACGGUUACUGGCAAGAGUAUAAUUGGGCAUCACCAAACAAUGACAAAUAAGCCACACAGGCAUUUCCAGCUUGGAUUAGUGGGAGGAGAGGCUCAUCAAACAGAAUUCUUUUCCACCUUUGUCAGCUACCGAGUUGCUUCUGGGUAAGGCAGUACUUCCUUUUUUGUUCCCCACUCCCUGCCCUUAUCAUAUCCUACCACAUCUUGAAAACCAUGGGGAAGCGAUUAUGUACACCGAUUAUGUACACCGACAUACUGCCUCCCCCAUAGCUGGAGAGACCAGCUGCACGUGAGCUCUGCAGAGGCCUGCUGAGGCUCAUAUGAGGCUGGGUGGUUGGCCCAGAGGAUGAGCAUCAGGAGUAAACCUUGUCACCCAAACUUGAUAAACGGAAAGAAGGCAGUAGCCUGUGGGAAUAGGACCCAAGAUGGUAUCUCUAAGCUCUGGACUUUGUUGAAAAGGUUGAGAAAGUAUUACACUAAUUUGAAGUCCUCCUGCUCCCAAGGCACCCUCCUCAUUAGCACCCCAUUUGUAGCUAGUUCUCUUCAGCUUUGAAUGCUGAAGCUUUGAAGUGAGAAGGAGAGAAACUGAAGCAUGUCACCUGUCAGUGUUUGUCUUCUAGACAGUCAUCAUUGCUGUCUGGUCUCAGCCCUCUAUCCUGGAAGAGCAAUGCUGUACAGGAAAAGGUGUACAGGGAAAAUUAGUAGGAGUUACUCUGCACCUUUAACAGAAAUCCCACCUUUUUUGAGAGAGGGCAAUUUUUUUUCUUUUUUUUCUUUUUCUAUUUUUUUUUUUUGGCUAUAGUGCACUCA